AUUACGAAUUUUUAUUGGGGACAGAAGGGAUCUGAAAGGGGCAUCCAUUGGGUGAACCAUGAGGAGCUGACAUGUCCUAAGGAUGAGGGGGGACUGGGCUUCUGUAACUUAUAUGGUUUCAAUACGGCACUGCUAGCCAGACAAUUAUGGAGCAUUCAUCAGCGACCGAGCUCUUUGAUAGCUCGCAUUUUCGAGGCAAAGUACCAUAAAAAGAGGUCGAUUCUGGAUGCUAAUGUUGGCCAUCGUCCUAGCUACAUUGGGAGGAGCUUGAUGAGUGCCCAAGAGCUGCUUAACGAGGGGAUCAGUUGGCGGAUCGGGAAUGGAGCCUCUGUUAAUGUUUGGGGUGACAAAUGGUUUCCAGAUGGAAAUCCAUCCUACGUGAUGUAUGUCCCCAUGGGUCUCCCGGUUGAUGCAAGGGUUCGUGUCCUUAUUUCCCUGGAGUCGGAUCAGUGGGAUGAUGUUGUAAUAGAUGCUUGUUUCCCAUGCGAUAUUGCCGAACAGAUUAAGCAGAUCCCGCUGUGA